AUGGCGGGCCCAUGGUUUGUCGCGGGGCUGUUCGAAACGCCGUUGCUAGCUUGGCUGCAAGAAAUUCCCUCGCUAAACGACUGCAGGGUAUAUUGGGGCAAAAAAAACCUGACAGGCCAAAGCAAAGGUGUCGGUGACGGAGUAUUCUGCACACGAGCUGUCAUCUUUGCCGACGAGGGCGUGGACAAGGCGGUUUCGAUGGGCGAAGGGCUUUGCUGGCGGUUCGGUUUAUGCGAUCAUCUCUCUUCACCAACCGAAGCAAACGCAGAAAGCGACCUUGCAAUUAUCGCACACCCGAGUCGGUCGCAAUAUCAAUAUCGAGUCGAGAUCGGAGUCGCACAUGCAGAGAUCAUGUCGCACAUGGUCGCACAGACAUGGCUUCAUCAUGGACCGAACGGCCGCCGCGGAAGUCGGAGCAGCGGGGAGAGGAGCAAGUCGGCGUGGCUCCCAUCUUACGCCAAGUAUCGUGGAGCGAUGAAGAUGAAGCCAAUGAUGCGCGCAAAACACCGGUUGAACUUUGACAGGGCGAUGGCAUAUUCCGUCGCAGCGGACAAAAGGACAUUCCCUCUUUUUUUGUGGGCGCGGGAGGAUAGGUGGACAGAUACACACCUGAGAAAAAGAUACUGCGUCUGCGACGUCCACCAACAAACUUGUGAUUCCGGUAGGGAAAAUUUUUCUUGUCGUGAGGAGAUUAUUAUGAUCGAGGGAAAAGGGAAAAAUAGGGAAGUGGAGCGGCGUGGACGAGGGCGAAGGCGCGGGUUGAGGGAUUGGUUCAAGCGUCUCCAGCAGAUGCAGUCGAGUCUGAUGCGUGUGGGUGCGCCAGCUAGUGCGUGCGCGACCGCUGUGGGUGUGUGGUUCGCCCACUGCGCUGAGGCUCCGGGGCGUUGCGUUGCCUCCCUUGCCUCCCUGGAGCUGCGCUGA